CGAUGAGUUGUCUACCCUCUUUCUUGGCCUCACCACGUCUGCCCUUCUCUAUCUCUCCCUCUUUCUCCGCCGUCCUCACUAAUCUAUCAGACUAUCCCGAAACUCGGCCAGAUUUCACAGUAUUCACAAUUAUCUAGAUCUGCCCAUUUCUCUGGCCCAGGGAAACCCGGCUGGAUCAACGCCAACAUGUCAGGCCUCGAGGCUCUCGGCCUGGCGUGCAACAUCUUUCAAGUCAUCAGCUUCGGUCGCGAGACAGCCAGCCUGGUCAAGCGCGUAUACCGAGAUGGCACCGUUGACGACGCCCUCGAGGCAAACGCCAAGGACCUCGCUCAGCUUGCAAAGCACGUUCAGACCUUGGAAGUUCCGAAGAGCCCGACCAAGCAAGAGCACCAACUGCUCGAGAUCGCCAAGAAGUGCCAGGCCGUUGCGAGAGACUUGACGGAAGAGAUCGCAUUCAUUGUUGGUCACAAGAAGAAAGGAAGCCUUGCUGCAACAAUAAAGGUGGCUGCCAAGGCGAACUGGCGAAAGAGACGGCUUGAUACCAUGGAGAGGAAACUGAAUGAUGCCGAGAGGCUGAUGCAGAGCGGUCUUCUUGCGCGGAUCUGUCAAAAGGCUGAUGCCAUGCACGUUGAUCUGAAGUCACUUGACAUCAGCCUGCAACACUUCCUGGGGCAAUAUCAACAAGGCCAUAGAGACACGUCUGACCUGAUAUCCACGGAGAUGUUCAGGACACGCAACCACGUCACCUAUGAAUCACACAAGGCCACAGAUCAGAUUCGGUCAAUGGUAGAUCAGCAGUCUGCGCAACUUGAUACAACUAUACGGAGCUCUAAUCGGCAAGUCUCAGCUGGGAUGGCAGCUUUGAGUCUUGACAGAGACCGAGAGGCUAAACGUCAACGUUUCCUCGCAAGCUUCAAAUUCCCGAGAAUGAACGAGCGCCGAAACCAAGUCAGCGAAUCAUGCGAAGGUACAUUUCAGUGGAUUUUCGCAGACGACAUGGGGAUGCUCGAAGAUCCGGACAACGAUACAGAAUGGACAAAUACAGAAAGCGAAAGCUUUAAAAUGAGCGGCGAUUCUUGUUAUCAAGCUGACGACUCCGACUGGAAAGAUGACUCGGCCAAGCGGAACAGUGCUCCAGAACAAGAUGACGGAAUCCGCUGGGACUCCUUCAUAGACUGGCUUAGGUCCGGCAGCAAGAUCUUCUGGUGCAGCGGCAAGCCCGGCUGUGGAAAGUCCACAUUGAUGAGAUACAUCAGAUCCGAUCCGCGGACUACAAGCGCACUGGAAGUAUGGAGCCCUGGCGCGCUUUUAGUUUCGCACUUCUUUUGGCGCCCGGGAAGCCUGAUGCAACAGAGUAUUAGAGGAAUGUUUUGUUCGUUGCUGCACCAGCUUCUGGCAAGUGGUCCGUCUAUUCUCGACAGAUCUAGGCUUGCUUGUUCAUCGGCUGGAGAGAAGGAUUCAGACACAGACUGGUCUACCAAGGAACUUCAAAGUCUAUGCUUCAACACAAUUGAGCAAUACAAUCGGCCCAUUUGCUUAUUCCUAGAUGGUCUAGAUGAGGUGAGCUCCGAUGAUGGUGUAGUGCGGCUCAUAGAAACCAUACAUGACUUAGGCGCCAUCCCAAACGUCAAAGUUUGUGUUUCAAGUCGACCUGAGUACCUCAUUGAAAAGCACCUGGGUCGCGGCCGCUAUCCAUUCAUCCACUUGCAAGACCUUACGAAUCAAGACCUACGAACGUAUAUCCAGAGCCACACCAACUUUCCUCCUAAAUUCAAGAUGCGAGACUUCUGGGGAGAUCUAGAGGACCCGAUAACAGUCCUCGUCGAUAAGGCUGAAGGCGUUUUUCUCUGGCUCUGCCUGGCCAUUCAAAGUUUGAAUCGAGGAUUAGACCACGAAAACAACUUGGAUGAACUAGAACAAAGAAUACGGAGCUUGCCUACCGGUCUGAGCAAUCUGUACAAAGACAUGUGGGCAAGACUGAAUGACGAUCAAUUACUGUAUCGCCAGAAGGCUGCGCUUUAUCUCCGUCAAGUAAUUGCCAACCAGAGUCCCAACUCGACCAACAGCUUCGGAAACGGUCUCAAUGCGUUUGCUAUGAUGCUUAUAACGACUUCGAUGGCGGACCGUAUUCUCGAACAGCAUGGGCACAUGAUCCAUCCUAGUACCCUCAUCACAGCAUGUCACAGAACCCAAAGCGAGGUGCUCGUUCGAUGUUCUGGGCUACUAGAGCUUCCAGAAUCCACAGAGGUUUCCUCUUCGGAUACGGUAACCCCAUGGAAUUGUGAUCAAUACGACUCAGUGAUGCCUCACAUCAUAAGCGAAAGAACUUUCCAGUUUAUACACCGCAGUGCAUGUGACUUCCUCUUGGAUACGCCUGAGGGGGGAGAGAUCUUGAGUCACUGCACAUUAUCAAAUACGGAGCUCCAGCGUCAAGUGAUUUUGGCUUGGGUUGCAAUCUGUCAAUUAGUGCUAAUUAAACCAGAUUAUUCCUGGUUCACAAUUUGUGAAGACGGUUGCUUGAAUGAGCUUGACUGGAUCUUCUCAUCUAUCAAAACCACAAUUUCGGAUAGUUUGGGCCAACCAGGUUAUCGGAAAGAAGACUGGAUGCAUCUCAUGAAGGCCUGCGAGCGGCUUUGCAGAUCAGGGCGGCUGGUAUCUAUUUACGGCCAACCGAUCAACAUUUUCGGCCAUGUUUCACAUACCAAAUUUUACACAAUCGCCGCACGAAAUGGAUUGCUGCAAGUUGCCUUUUCCGAUGUAGAAUAUCUCGAUUUUCCACCCGAGAUUCUCUCGCAGCUACUUUUUGAGACCUGCUGCCACCCUAGUUUACACCCGAGGACGGUAUCGUAUGCUGAUAGUAGUCGACUGGCUGCGGAGCUUCUCAAGCAUGGAGCUGACCCAAACGCAAAAUUUACGACAGGAACUUUUCCAGAGGUACUUGAGACACCACUUUCUGUGAUUCUUCGGAAUGAGACCCACGUGGGAUACAGAAGUCGCGAAACAUGGCUCUUUCUGCUGCACACUUUAGAUUGUUUCGCAGACCAUGGGGUGGAUUUUCAACAAUGUGUCUUCACUUCAUUUCAUUACGGGUUUGAUAGGUGUAUUGUUGCCUACAAUUACAGCCCCAUCCUUACACCUUUGUCUCGGUGGGCCAUUUACACCAUUCUGCCGGCGGCUAUUUUGAUCGCUGCCGCUGCCGCAACCUAUCGCACUCGAGGUUUGAGCUUUUCGCAGGAGUUCGAACACCUUUUGAGCCUUUUGGGCAGCAGCGUUGGGGCUCACGGCAAGUCCGAGGCUCGUGUUAUUGGUUUACAGGACAGGCACAGCUCUCAGCCCAACUUUUGUGAAAAGCUCAGUCCUGAAGAUUCGGAUCACUUGUGUGAGUUUCUUAUCAAGAAAACACUCCUGGGCUUCUCGCAAUUGGAGAACCCAAGGGUUUUGUGCCCAUUCGAAGCUGAACACCUGGGAAAGAUGCUUGAAGCUGUGCUUGAAAAGAGUGAGUUGAGCACGAAGGGGAUCGAAGAUCACCUGAUAGAUAUAGGUCUUGCAGAAGCGAAGAUAUACGUCGACGAUGAUGGCGUAUGUUAUUCCCAAGACGCUGCAGAGAAGAUGAUGCCCGAGUGGAUAGUCAAUUGGCUUGAUGGGAGACGACUCAUGUCUUGAGGCUCUUUUGGUUUUCCACAAAAGUAUAUUCACAAGUGAUUGUAUCCAAAUGUAUAGUGCAGC